GUUAAAUAAAUAGUUGCAAAUUAUAUAUUAUCAAAAUGAAACAAAUGUGCAUCUUUUUCUUAUUCAUCACAGCUGUGACAGCCAAUGUAUGUCAGAACGAUGCUCAGGCAGCAGGAUCUCCUCUCUCUGGAAGCUUCGGAAUGGGCGGAUUUACGGAGAUCUAUCUUUUCGAUAUUUUUGAAGAUCAAACUAAAGAAUUACUCUAUUUUAUUGGAUGGUUUGGCUCAGGCUCUUCAUAUGAUACUAUCAUCUACAAGUCAGACCCUGCCCUGGCUAAAGUUCAAGUGGUAACUUAUGAUAUCUUCUGCCAUUACUAUUCCUACGCCAUUUCUCCGAACAGAAACUUCAUCUACAUUCAAGACAGGACUACAGGAAAAGUGUUUGAAAUAAGGACUUCAGACCUGAUCAUCUCCAGAGAGUUGGAAGUUAGCUCCGCUUCGGUUAAUAUGAAUUCAAACAUGGAAGUGAGGAAAGGCUUCUACUUCAGCUUCACUAUCAGCUCAAUCGUUCACACUUGCAGAUGGGACAUGUUAAAUCCCAAUCUUGUCUGUCUCACUUUCGGAGUCAACAAGCCGGCCAACUUAGCUUCACUCAGUGAAGAAUUGCUCUUCUUUGGAUCUACUGACACAGCAGUCGACCAAUACUACCUGAUGAACUAUAAUUUCUCCUCCUCCAGCCUGGUCUGGAAGAAGAGCAUUGCCUGCCCCACUUCAGGAUGAGCUAGCAGAUACAGCUCCUCCUUACUGAGCAGAGAUGAAGAGUGGAUCUACACAAUGGUGCUUUACGAUGGCAACUUUAUUUUUCACAAACUCAGCGUUGCUGAUGGGAGUCCCCAAACUUCCGGACUGAUUUGGAACGACAGUGGAUAUUUCGAUAGUUACUGAAUGAAAGAGUUCAGUGGUUUCAUUACCAUUCAGAUUCGCAGCACUUCAUUUACAAAUACCAAAAGGCUAAUUCUGGUCUCCCCUUCGGCCACUGAAAUUGUGAAGAAGUACAAAUCAGUGGGAUCAGUGGCUUAUGCAGUCGGAAGGUUGCUAUAUAAAGGCGAAGAGCUAAUGUACCACUCUGGAAGAAUUAACACCAAUUAUACAUUCUUCCUUGCAAAAUCAUCAACAGACAACAUUGGACAGCUUUCAGAGUUCGAAGAAGACACUCCUCUGUUCAGCCCAAUUACCACUAACUAUCAGGUGUCAUCAACAACAUCAAGCCCAAGCAUCACCGUUAGCACUAGGACUCUUACUAUCUCAACCUCAUCAUCCAUCGUGACCACUGACAUCACGUCUUCGACCAAUCCUUCGUUCACCAGAUAUGUGGCUUUGUGGAACCAAGAUCACUUCCAGACUGUCCAGAGCAACUCCUCUGUGAAACUGGAAUUCACCUGGGCCUGAGCUCAGUCAGCGAAUUACGCUGGCAUCAGUUUCAGUCUGGCCCAGACUGGUUCCAAUGCGAUACCUGACUGGGUGCAGUUGGAUGCAGACAAUCAAGAAUUGUACCUUAACACCACUCCUAAGCUGAACGCCAAAGAUGUCUUUUACUUUUCUCUACAAAUCUCGUUCGACAACGAAGUGCAUUACAAGAAGUUUGAAAUCACUGUGGAAGAGUGAUCAAUCAAGCACUGUGAACUCUGAAAACUAGGCAGUCCUAGUAUUUGAGAAGCCUGAGCAGAUAGUUAUCAGAGUUCUGGUGAGGACAAAUCUUGUUCCAAAAUAGUUGCCAUGACUGGAGCAACUGAAGCUGCUGCUGCUUUGGUAGCAGCAAGCGUCAUACUGGCAAGUGCAUCAUCUUUGCUGUCAUUAUCAUCCAUCAGCUCAAUUUUUAGCAUCAUGAACAGUCUGCAGCUUGCAGUCCUGUUGCCUCUGGUUCCUGACUACUUUUCACUCAAAGUGUUAGACAUCUUGAGUGGAAUGGGGUUCGCAAUGUUCUCAUUCGACUUCAUCAAGUUUAAGGAUCUCCCAUUUGUUGAAGGUCUUACAAAUUGGGUGUCAUACCCUCAAUCUGACGGAUACUUGAACAGCCUUGGAAUGAGAUCCGGGAGCUCAGUUGUCAAUUAUUUAUCACUAUUUGCCAUUCUCAUUCUUGUUGGAGUCAUUAACUUUGGAAUUUUUGUGUGCAAGAUAUGAACAGAGAACUCGAAACACACAAGAUGUAAGAAAUUUUUCAAUAAGUUAUUCAAACUGUUGACUUUUAACAUCUAUAUUAGAAUAUUCAUGCAGGCAUUUGUAUUCACCACUCUCUCUAUCUUCUCUGAGCUUUAUAAUCUCAACCUUGCUACAACUGUGACUCAGAUAUCCUUUGGGUUGUGAAUAGUGUUUGCUAUAUGAACAAGUGUGCUAUUUAUUUUAUCAUUUAUAAUGUACUGAGCCUCAUUUCCUCAGAUUGAUAAAGUCAAGUAUUGGACAUGAAUCGAGUACUUCAAUGGAAUCAAGCCAACUAAAUUUUCAAAACUCUAUUCUAGUCUGUUUAUGUUAGUGAGAAUAUCAAUGACGUCAUUACUUAUAUUUGGUCAAACUAUUCGUUUAUAUGAGAAAGCCAUCUUCUUUUAUUUGAUAAACAUUGGUUAUUGAAUUUAUUUGAUCAUUGUCAGACCAUUCGAGAAUCCUCAGGACAAUAUCAUUGAGGUCAUUAACCAGACACUGUUUUGAAGUUUGGCAGUCCCACUAUCAUGGCUGAAUACAAAACAAGCUUGGACUCAGUUCUAUGAAAGCUAUUACACCACAAUAUUCAUGGCGACUCCAGCUAUUGGAAGCCUGAUAUGCCUUGCUUUCUUAGUAAAAUCAAUAGUAGUUUACAUAAAAACAAGAAAAGCCAAGAAGAAAAAGCAAAAUGUGGCUCCUAAAGAGCCCUCUUCUGCUCAAAGACCACCUCAGAACCAAGAAGACCCUAGUCCAAAUCCCUCCCGUAACAUUAACAACCCGUCUGCGAGCAUGAGCAGAAGCAAUGCUCCUAUUCAACCUCCUUGAACAACUCAAAGACGGCCUAACGACAGAGUUCAUCCAAACAGAAUUCCAAUGAGGAGGAAACUAGGCCACCAAGAAUAA